AAACAGAAAAGGAAAGAAUGGCAAAGAGUCUGUUGCAAGUGAGCGAGCAGCUCCUAAUCCUAAAGCCUCCGAGCAGCACUAUCACAAACCAACAAAAGCAAAUGCAAAAGCCGAAGCAAAUACGAAUACAAUCUUGUUUGAAUCGGAGACAAUUCAUAUCCCAAACAAAUAUGGCAGCCUCUUCUGUUUCAAUAUCUCUACUACUACGUCUACUAGUACCAGAAGCAGCAGCAGCAGCAAAGUCCCAAGAUGAAGAAGACUCUCUUUCCGAUUGGGAAAGAGUGUAUCUCCCCAUCGACCCUGGCGUCGUCCUUCUCGAUAUCGCUUUCGUCCCUGACGACUUUAAUCACGGUUUUGUACUGGGGACUCGCCAAACCAUUUUGGAGACCAAAAAUGGUGGAAACACUUGGGUUCCGCGUUCCAUUCCCUCAGCCGAAGAUGAAGAUUUCAACUACAGAUUCAAUUCCAUCAGCUUCAAAGGAAAGGAGGGAUGGAUUGUUGGCAAACCUGCUAUUCUUUUGUACACUUCCGAUGCCGGAGACACCUGGGAAAGGAUACCUCUAAGCUCUCAACUUCCUGGUGAUAUCGUAUACAUAAAAGCAACUGGAGAGAAGAGUGCAGAAAUGGUGACUGACGAAGGUGCAAUAUAUGUUACUUCAAAUAGAGGCUACAACUGGAGGGCUGCAGUUCAGGAAACAGUGUCAGCUACUCUUAAUAGAACGGUUUCUAGUGGUAUUAGUGGUGCAAGCUAUUACACAGGAACUUUUAAUACUGUGAAUCGCUCUCCAGAUGGAAGGUAUGUUGCUGUCUCAAGCCGUGGUAACUUCUAUCUUACAUGGGAGCCUGGGCAGCCGUUCUGGCAGCCACAUAACAGAGCAGUUGCAAGGAGAAUUCAGAACAUGGGAUGGAGAGCUGAUGGUGGUCUUUGGCUUCUAGUUCGUGGAGGGGGACUUUAUCUUAGCAAAGGCACAGGGGUAACAGAAGAGUUUGAAGAAGUUUCAGUUCAAAGCCGGGGUUUUGGCAUUCUUGAUAUUGGGUACCGAUCAGAGGAAGAGGCUUGGGCGGCAGGGGGAAGUGGGAUCUUACUAAGAACUACUAACGGUGGCAAGACAUGGACCCGUGACAAAGCAGCUGAUAAUAUUGCUGCCAAUCUAUACUCAGUGAAGUUUAUCAACAACAGGAAAGGAUUUGUACUAGGAAAUGAUGGAGUCCUGCUUCGCUAUCUUGGAUGAAGCUGUAAUCAUACAUCUAUGAAAACUCAAAACCCAAAAAAAAAAAAAAAAAGAAAAAAAAAGAAAAAGACCAGAAAGAACUUAGGAAUGUCAUUACCUUAGAAGGUUGAUGGUCAAAAAUGGCAGACAGAAAUUGGAAGUGCCUCUUUGUUGGUUUUUGAGCGGUAAAACUACUUUGUUGACAGUUGAAUAGGUGCAGGUUUCUUAACCAUGCCAACAAUUUUGUACUACUAAAUUCCACCUUCAUGGUGUGUUGUGCAAUGCCGUGAAGAGGAGCCUAAAUUUCA